UAUUCAUUAGUAUAACUAGUAUAAGGUAAUUAUAUAAUUAAAUAUUAUGAUCAACGAUAAUAGUGCAUAUCAAAAUGGGAAGACAUCAAAAUUAUUGUCAUUCUGUAAAACUGUCCACACCAGUAACAACUUACAUUCUAAUUGAAUUUUUAUUGUGGUUUAAUUUUUUUUUAUUUAACGUUAAAAUGGAUCAACUUAAAAAACGUACUCGUCAACCAUCGAAAAAGUUAUCAACUAAAAAGAAAUUGAGUAAUCGAGUGAUGAAUUUUCUAGGAAUUCAAAACAAAACCAAUCCCAAUCCAGAGGUCGUAGAAUCUGUUGUGAAACCUUUUUUCUUGGGUGAUGACAAUCAACUACCAUGCACAUCAAGGGAAACAAUUAGUCAAAAUCCAGAGCUCGUAAAAUCUGUUGAGGCACCUUUUUUCUUAGGUGCUGACAAUCAACUACCAUGCACAUCAAGGGAAACAAUUAGAAAAAUAAAUGAUCCGGAGGGUAAUGCAAAUAAUUAUUGGAAUACUGAAGAAAAUUUACAUAACUUAACAGUGGACGAAUCUAUACUUAGUAAUCAAGAAAUUAAGCAAUGUGAUGUUGAUGAAAGUUCGGGAAGACGAAUAGUGGAUAUACAUUACGUUUUUAGUCAAAUUAAAAACAGUGUUCAUAGAGGGUCAUUUGGUUGUACAUUUUUAAAUAUGACGUUUAUUUCUGAGAAAAAACACGGGUUUAGAUCAUCAUUUAAGUUUAAAUGUGAUGUUUGUAAUAUUGUUAUGUUUAUCGACUCAGAAAAGUUGAAACCUGAAGCUUAUUUGCCAGUAAAUUAUUCCGCCGUUAAUGGAUCAAUAGCAGCUGGAAUUGGAUUUACACAGUUGUCCGAAUUGUGUGCGAUAAUCGAUAUACCUUGUAUGUCUUCAACUACUUUUCUGAAAAUUCAAGAGUUUAUUUGCAAAAGAAUUCAUGAAGUUGCAGAGGAACAAAUGAAAAUUGCUGGUGAAGAAGAACGUCGUUUAGCAAUAAAAGCUGGUACAUUAGAUGUUGAUGGAACCCCUAUGUGCACUGUAGUUGCGGAUGGACAGUGGUCAAAGCGCAGUUACAAGACUAAAUAUGAUGCAUUAUCUGGAGUGGCAACAAUAAUAGGUUAUAGAUCGAAAAAAAUUUUGUUUGUGGGAAUUAGAAACCGUUAUUGUAUAAUUUGCCAAAGGGCCAAAAAUAAAAAACUAUCUCCACCUGACCAUACUUGUUUUUUAAAUUGGAAAAAGGGUGCAACAAGCAUGGAAGCCGAUGCCAUUGCCGAUGGAUUUAAACAAAGUUUGGAAAUGCAUGGACUCAAGUAUAACAAACUAAUAGGUUAGUGUAUAUAAUAUAUCAGUAACAAUAUUAAUAUAUCAAUAUCAAUAAUGACCCAUUCGGCACGAUUCCCAACGACUGGCUUUAUCAGUAGUAAUUAUUAUAAUGACAACGACAAAAUCGACAAAUAAUAAAGAAUAUAUAAUUUGUUUAUGGGCCCCACACGAGCUUGCUCAUAAACCAUAACACACGAUAUGGGGCCCAUUAUACACACGAUAAUAUUAUAAUAUAUUUAUUAGGUAUAAUUUCUGUAUUAAAUAAAAUAAAAUAUAUAUGGCUUAUAAUGAUUUUAAUGAUACGAUUUAUAAAAGAAAUAGGAAU